GACGGAGCCAGCCAGCCGUUUAAUGCCUUUGAUACGUCACAAUGCGACAAAAUAAAUUGGUUUUGCAACGUCGUUUCACCACAUUUGGCUUCAAACCCUUGGUUCAACAUAGGCACAUUGCACAGCUGUGGUGGAACAUUCCGGCGUCUUAAAUCUUCUGACCAGACUCUACUGCAGAAGAGGCUCAAUUGGAGAAUGGCAACAGUCACAAUAGAGCAGAGCAGUUCCUCACCUGAGUGGACGGACUUUGAGACGGACCUAGACAUGGUCCUCUCGACUAUGAAAUCUAUGUUUGGCGAGCUUCCAUCUGCGCCUGCUCCUGUCGAAUUUCUCCAUUCACCCGAGAAUGUCCUUCCUGAGCUGGAACAAAGUGGUUUCACCGAUGGCCUCAAUGGGACGGGGACGGUCACACACGACAUCAACCCCUUCCAAUGUGGAGCCACAACAGUGCCGCCAUAUGGAGGAGUCCUGGCAGAUCACAAUGUUGGGGCAGCACGCGCUGGUUUCAUGUCAGGAACCAACAUGCAGCCACGAUGUUGUCAAUGCCCAUAUGGGAUGAGAUGGCUGCAGUUUCCCCCUCAGUUCCUGGUGCCACAGCCAGAUGGACCUGUGGCUGGUGCUCUUGUGAGCCCCAUGUAUCUGGACAACUCCAUGCCGUAUGGUUUUGUGAACCAUCAACAAGGUGCUUGUUUCCCAUGCCAGAAGGAGCAAGUACCAGCCCUGGAAGGUGGCAGCGUGAGUUCCCCAGGUUCUUUCCACAAUGGCAAGCAGUGUGUCCGAACCAAGCCCUGCCCUGAGCCUUCACCUCAGGUCCUCACGUCCAAACGCAAACGUGGUGUGGAACCAAACGGAGCCUACAUCCGGAGACCACCCAAUGCCUUCAUGGUCUUCAUGAGGGAGAACAGGGAGAUCAUCACUCGUACCCUAAAACCCAAACACAGCGUGGAGACCAACACCAUCCUGGGAGAGAUGUGGAGGAAAAUGUCAACAGAUGAGCAGGAGAUUUAUUAUCAGAAGGCAAUGGAGGAGCGAAGAAUCCACGCGGAGAAAUACCCGGAGUGGUCCAGCCAGGACAACUAUGGAAAGAAGGUCAAGAGGCAGAGAAAGAAAAAAAGCAUCAUCGUCUGAAGUUAGAGUUCAUCUUUUGUUUUGUGUAUAUGAAAUAAAAAUAUAUUUUUUUAAUCUGAAUGAAGCAGCUGAUUUUGUCAGAAUGUUUUUUAAUGAAGUAAUUUGUUUUGGAAGGAUGUUUAGUUUGUAUAUCUGUAUCUGGACUUCGAACACAGAGGUUGAUGGUGUGUGCAAUGUUCCACAUGCUCUUUAAAAACUGUCUGUCCACCCAAG